UUCGGGGGCUACAAAAAUACAUCAUCCCUGCAGUACUCUGGGGGCCAGAGUUUCACAUCUUGCCUACAAUGCGUUUGUUUGUUUUAGUCCUAGAAAAGAGAUUUAAAUUGGAAACGAUAACUCGCGUCAUCACUUACCUUGGGAUUUGCACCUUUUGCAUAUCGUUAACAUGUAUUAAUACAUAGGGCCCUAUUUUAAAAGUCUAAGCACAUUGUCUAAAGCACACAGCGCAACUAAAUGGGCGUGUCCGAAUCCACUUUUGCUAAUUUAACGAUGAGAAAAAUGGUUUGUGUGCCGAGCGCAUGGUGGAAUAAGGUUAGUCCUAUUUUUUUAAUGAGUAAUGGGAGUAUUUUGGGCGUAACGUGCAAUAAACCAAUGAGAGUCUCAGCUCUCAUCCCCUUUAAAAGCCAGUUGCGCUGGCGCUAUGUUUAAUCCCUAUUUAGAUUACGGACUUUGUAAACUGAAAACUAAGCGGAGGAAGAAGAUCCCCAGUUUAAGAUUAAUGUGAAAUAAUUGUGUUGUUUUUCACUUGUAUUGAAAUUAUUUUUUAUUAAAACCUUUGAAACCCAUUUUCUUUUAGUCAUGGAAGUAAAAAUAGCAGGCUUUUAAUUGCUGUAAAUGUAUGGCUAUCCAAUAUCAUCAAAAAUAAUGAAUAAGUAUUUAAGAAAAGGUUUGUACUCUAAAAAUACUUUAUAGUAACAAACAGGAGAUAAAGAGUUUACAAACGGCUCGCCGCACGUUUCAGGAGUUGGACAGCGUCAUGACUUUUUUUAAGCAUUACUUAAAAAUGUUUCUCAUCCCACCAUAUCCACAAGUACAGAGUCAUCAUAUACAAUAAAUCCGUGAGGUAGCAUUUAAAAAAACAUUUAAAAACAGAUGCAUUUUUUUAAAGCACAGCAUUUAUUUACUUACCAGGCUGCAGGUGAAGCAGCUCUUUGUGCCUUCAAACGUCUCAUAAUUAGUCCUCAUUUAUGUCCAAGAGACUCAAUAAUAAUGUUUUACAUUCAAUCCUUUAAUCUUUCAUAUUUAAAAGCGUUUUUGUGCUGCUACGCAUUCAUGUAUGUGAUAGGCAAACCCGCGUUGUCGUUCCGUUUAUAGGCGCAUAUUACUAAUGCGCUCUUUAAAUAACAAAAAACAUAUUGCGCCUUUUAAACUUUAGACUUUAGACCAGGUUUUUGUUGGUCAAUGGCGUAGUCUAUUUUAAUUGCCUCAAAAUAGCAACGCACCAACAAUGCGCCUGAACACACCUCCUUUGGUCGCAAAAGGGGGCGUAAAUGCAUUUGCUAUUUAAACAACGUUGCGCUAAACAUGAAAAUGAUAAUUGCGCUGCACUGCGCGGGGUGUAAGAUAGAGCCAAUACUUUCACACCAAAUGAAAUGUAAAAUUGUGAAUCGGAUGAUAGUUGCUCUUUAAAGAUAUCAGUGUUAUAUUUUCAUAGGAUGUUCUUUACAUUAUGUAGAAUGAUUUUAUAUCAAUUAAAUGAUGACUUUAACUUGGUUUUCACAGUCAAGGUCACAUAGGUCUGAUUGAUGAUGAGUCAGAUCUUUACAAUAAAUGGUUGAUUUGGAUUAUUGGUCUGAAUGAUUACUUCACCAACAGCUAUUGUAUGGCUUCAGGAGACACACGUUUGUGAUCUAUCAUCGUUUUUUAAUGGUUUUGAAGCUUGAAAACUUUGUUGUAUUUGCUUCGGUUGUUUUAUUUUGUGUUGUACAUGGAUAAAGAAAGUCACACAGAUUUGGAGUGUUUUUUUAUUUUGGCUGAAUGUUCCUUUUAGGUACUGUAUGUGUGUUAAUGUAUACAAUAAAACAUGCUUUCUUUGUCACUUGAACGCUACCCAUGAAAUAAUGGUUUUGAGUGGACCAAAGCAUGUUUGAGAACUCGAACACCUCAGAACAGCUGAAGCAGAACUCUCGUCCAACGGGCAGCGCUGUCAGUCCAACAGCCUCCACAGACACAUCUGCCCUGGCGGGGUCAAAGACAGGGGGCAGCCAGCAUCUAAAAAACGCCCUCAACUUAGGCAAAGCUGUGGGGGCAAAGGUCAACGAUCUGCUGCGCCGAAAAGAUCCAAACAGCCUCGGAGACAUCGGAGUCACUGAAGUCAAUAAAAAUGUGGAGGCAAUGUGGUCCAGUCUGGCCACGAUGGGGAACAGUACAGCAGGAAGCAGUCGCAUCUCUCUGGAUACUUUCCCUCGGCUUGAUCCCCCACCUCCCACCGGUAAAAAGCGCCUCCCACGUGCCCUCAAGACCACCCAAGACAUGAUGAUAUCUUCUGACCCUGUGGUAGCCUCUCCAGAGUCCUCCUUUGUCUCCUCACCUGACAAGACUCCCCUCAUCUCCAAAGAUAAAACACAGCUUAAGUCUGACCUGCGCCCCGAUGAGUCCGGCCCAGAGAAACCUUCGGACCCCAGCGACAGCCAGAUGGAAAAGAAACCCGGUUUAGAGCUAAAUAAUGAGCCCGCGGCGGCUGUGGUGAAGGAUGACUUAAGAGAAAAAAUUGCUGAAGGUGAAGAUCAGUCACAGCUAUCGCUCUCAGUUCCAGAUCUCAUUCAUAAAGACAAUCUGGACUCGAAACAGAAACUGGCUAGUUCGGAAAGUAGAAUGGCUUCCACCCCGUGUCCGGGAAAAGGGGGCUGCCGAAUCAGCGUCAGUGAGGGGGAACUGAUGGGGAACGGCGCAGUGGAAUACCGUACCCUCAGUUUGGAAAAUGAAGAAUCCCAUCCUGAUCUGCUCUCAUUUGAAUAAUUUCCUUGCUGAUAUAAACAACUAAACCAGGCUAUAGUGGACUGCUGGUUUAAGCUGGUCUAUUUGGUCCCCUUAGCCUUUUAAAGCAGGUUGAUGCUUUUUGAUCAACUGGUCUCCCAGCCUCACCAGCUUAAAGCAUUCGAAACUCUUACUCAAAGCUCCACUUUUAAAAUGAAUCAUCUGGGUGGUUUAAAACCAUGGUUGGGUAAAAUACGGACAACCAUUGGGUUAAGUUAAUGUAGAUCAUGUUCAUUUUUUUUAACCAACCAUGGGUUGAAACAACCCUAGUGCAGGAAUAUGGUCACAGAAUAUUUUGCAAUUUUUUCCGUGUCCGUACCACGGACUUUCUUUUUCGUGUCAUUUUCACAUAUUGGUUACUCAAUUGUUUUUCCUAUUUUUAAACCAUUGUCGCGUGGGUAUGGGGUUAGAUUUGGGGAUGUCACUUUAAAGGAACAGUAUGUAAGAAAUGUAUAUCAAUUAAUCAUCAAAUGGCCCUGAUAUGUCACUAGACAUUAAUAAAUCAUUUUCAUUUCAAAUACUUAUAUCACUGACAGCAGUGGUCUGGCCAGGAUAUUGCCAUUUAAAAAGUGGAGUUGCAGCCCUCAACUGAUGUUUAUGUUGUCAUGUUGUGUAUUGGCCACCAGUUGGGUGAUUGCAGUACCAGUUUUAGCCACAAGUUUUGUUAUUGCAAUACCAGUUUUGGCCACAAUCCUACAUACUGUUCCUUUAACUCUUGGUUUAUACAAUUUUUUUCCGGAUUUUUGAACAGUUGUCACCUGACGUUAGGGUUAGAGUUGGAUUUGGAUGUCAUUUUAUGUAACAGAAAGUCGUUCUAACCCCAAACCCACACAACAAUGGUAAGAAAAUAGGAAAAACUAUUGAGUAACCAAUACGUGAAACUGACACGGAAAAGCAAGAAUGUGGAGACGUGACAAAAACACACGGAUAAAUGAGCAAAAUAUUCUGUGACUAUAACACGGAAAUUUGUGAGAACAGGUUUAUUUCAACGCUUUCAAAAUUAUUUGAAUCUGUCUUUUUUAUCUUGCUUUACCUUUUGUACAUUUCUUAUGUUUUUUUUUUCUUUAUAGAAAAAGACCACUGAUUAUACUUUGUAUAAAAUUAUACAUAUAAUGAAAUCACUAUUUUUUUAAUCAUAGUAUCAUAAUCACUUUAAUGCAUUGUACUUUAUAUUGUGGACCUUUAGUCAAAAAAACACGAAAAUUCUAUUAACCGAAACCAAAGUCAAUACUAUACUGUAAUACCUCCAAAGCUGUCUUUGCCGUUUAAAAAGUAAACAGCAUUUCCUGUCUUAAAUAAUUUCGGGGUUUUUUAAGCACGACAUUAUAGGUUAUAGUUUACUACAUGCUAGUACUCUUUUAUGACCACAUCACUGACCUUAAAUUCAAAAUUGUGCUUAGACGUCAUAGUAACCUCCAGUAUGACCAAGUGCACAAUGACCUCAGAUCAGUAAGCUUUAUGCACCUAAGGGUCUAGCAGUCUGGACUGCUUCCUUAUUGCAUCGACUAAGAAAUUCCUCCUGUACGGAGACACAUUUCACAGUGACCUCUAGAUAACAGAGAAAAUAUUGCAUCCUACCAUGGUCGUGUUGAUAUUGUCAAGGUGAUGAUGGCUCGAGGAAUGGCAGUAAUGAGUUUCGGUCAACGUGAAGGUAUGCAGAAGGAUUCGAAAUUCCCUGGAAUGCCAUAACUCAACACUAAUCUCUCUUCUUGUUUAUGUAGACAGCCUGACUCCCAUGACAUUCACUCUUUAUCCCUGACUGUGUAUUCUCUAGGGAGAAUUCGGGUCCACUGCAAACAAUGCAGCUAUUUACACUUCCAUUAUUUAUAGAAGUACAGUAUAUUGCCAUACUACAUGUACAGAUGUACUGAGAUGUUGAUCGUAACAACACUGCAAAUCCUACAAGGCUGUGAUCGAGUAGCCACUAUGCAUUAUGUCAGUUAUGUAAUAUUGCGUGUGAACGAUUAUUUAAGGUAUUGAGUAGGUUUAUGUGAACUAACGCAUUGGCAUCAUAGCAUUAACUAAUACCCAGGUGCUUUUUGAAUGUCUUAUAGUUUUGGUUACACUAUGGUAUGUUUUUUAUGUAAUGAUGCAUAAAGGUUUGUUCCUGUAUGGGAUAAUAUGAACACUAAAUCCAGAGUGGGGCGAAGCAUUGUGCUUAUAUUUCUGCAGAUGGCAAGUUAAUGAAUUGAUAUGGACCAAUGAUGCUGUGCUACUGCAUUAUAAGAUAUGAAGUCAAAGUAUUUUAUUGAAUCUUUUAUGUGAAAACAGAUUGUUUAAAAAAAGAUUUAUGUUUUAGUGUUUAGUUUAUUCUUUUGCAGGGUUGAAAAGAUUCUUGAUGGGAAAUUAAGAAAUGUUCUUUGAAAUUUCUAUGUGAUGUUUUAUGCAUUUUAAUAUGCAUUUAAUAUGUUCAGUGGUCCCAUCAUUUUUAGGAUUUUAUGAAGGAGAAAAAUCUGAAUGUUGAAGGAAAAUGUAUGUAUAUGAAGGUUUUAUGAGCGCACUGAAUGUAUUUAGGGAUAUCAAAUGAUCGAGCUGGCUAUAUUACAGUGGAUUUCAUUAUGCAAACUGUCUGUUUGUGGCACAGUCUGGGGCUUCAGUGCCUGUAUUUUUUAAUAAAUGGUUUUGUGCAA